AAAAAAUCUAUCUUAAUCUGUGGCACAUGGUCAUCCAAGGACAAACUCACAUUCCACACGCAAAGCAUCACUGAGUCCCAAAAACUAGGAAUGGUCCUUUCUGGAAGGUUUGUCACACUCCCAAUCAUUUUACCUUUAACCAGUUCUGAAUCAACAGUGAAGAGUUCAACGUCAAGAGCAAACGACAGCCCAGGAUGAUUCUUAACCUGAAGGGUGCUGAUUGAAAACUUAGACUGCCCUCUAAAUAACAGCUGAACUUGCCUCCUUCUGUUCACUUUGUCAAAAGAAAGGAUUUUCAAUUAAGGUCCCUUUAGAUGGAAUUUUAUGCAGCAGAAACCUUGUCAACAGAAGAAUUAAUGUCUGAGUUAUCAUUUUGGCAAUAAGAAAAAAAAAAAGCUGAGCAGUGAAGGUCAACAGACAGCCUCAAACCUGGAUUCGUCAGCUCAUCAUUCAACAUUGGAGUUUUUAAAUCCUUGUGGUAGAGAAACCAUUGCCAAUGCUUACAAGGAACUGCUUAUCCCUGCUUCUCUGGGUCCUGUUCAAUGGAGGUAUCUUAAUGUUACUUCAUUCACAACCACAACAGAUGUCAAAAGCUGAGUCAAGGAGAAAUGUUGUCACCAACCCUGAAAGGAGGAUACCCACCUUACGGGUCAAGAGAGGCUGGGUCUGGAAUCAAUUUUUUGUCCUGGAAGAAUACAUGGGCUCCGAACCCCAGUACGUGGGAAAGCUUCAUUCUGACUUGGACAAGGGAGUGGGAAGUGUUAAGUAUACAUUAUCAGGAGAUGGAGCUGGUACAGUAUUUACCAUUGAUGAAACUACAGGGGACAUUCAUGCCAUAAAGAGCCUUGAUCGUGAAGAGAAGCCUUUCUACACCCUACGUGCUCAAGCAGUAGAUAUUGACACAAGGAAGCCAUUGGAGCCUGAAUCAGAGUUCAUCAUCAAAGUGCAGGACAUUAAUGAUAAUGAACCAAAAUUCCUUGAUGGGCCUUACAUUGCCAGUGUCCCUGAAAUGUCACCAGUAGGGGCAUAUGUGCUUCAGGUCAAAGCAACCGAUGCUGAUGACCCAACCUAUGGAAACAGUGCCAGAGUGGUUUAUAGCAUUCUUCAGGGACAGCCAUAUUUCUCCAUUGAUCCCAAAACAGGUGUUAUAAGAACAGCCUUGCCAAACAUGGACAGAGAAGUUAAGGAACAAUAUCAAGUUCUCAUUCAAGCAAAAGACAUGGGAGGUCAACUUGGGGGACUGGCUGGAACCACAACAGUGAAUAUCACCCUAACUGAUGUCAACGACAACCCACCAAGAUUUCCCAAGAGUAUCUUCCACCUAAAAGUACCAGAGUCAUCUCUUGUUGGUUCAGCUGUUGGAAGAAUCAGAGCAGUGGAUCCUGACUUUGGGAAAAAUGCUGAAAUUGAAUAUACCAUUGUUCCAGGAGAUGGGGGGAACUUAUUUGACAUUAGCACAGAUGAGAACACACAAGAAGGAAUCAUCAAACUGAAAAAGCCACUGGAUUUUGAAACAAAAAAGGCAUACACUUUCAAAGUAGAGGCUUCAAAUGUCCAUCUUGACCAUCGCUUUCAUUCUGUGGGUCCAUUCAAGGAUACAGCAACUGUGAAGAUCAAUGUUCUAGAUGUGGAUGAGCCUCCAGUUUUCAGCAAACCAUUUUACACCAUGGAGGUAUAUGAAGAUACUCCAGUUGGGACCAUUAUAGGAGCAGUUACUGCCCAGGACUUGGACAUUGGAAGCAGUGCUGUCAGGUACUUCAUAGACUGGAAGAAUGAUAUGGAUAGCUACUUUACUAUAGAUGGAAUGGAAGGAACUAUUGCCACAAAUGAGUUACUUGAUAGAGAGAAUACUGCACAGUACAAUUUUUCAAUAAUUGCAAGUAAAGUUAGCAAUCCACUCUUGACCAGCAAAGUUAAUGUCAUCAUAAAUGUCUUGGAUGUCAAUGAAUUUCCUCCAGAAAUUACAGUACCCUAUGAAUCUUAUGUGUGUGAAAAUGCACGGCCGGGACAGGUAAUUCAGGUUAUUGGUGCAGCUGACAAGGAUUUGUCUCCUGCUGGGCAAAAAUUCUCUUUUCGACUGUCUCCUGAAGUUACUACAAAGCCAAAUUUCACAGUCCACGAUUUCACAAACAACACAGCAGGAAUUGUAGCUGGCAGAAGUGGUUACAGCCGUCGACAGCAAGAGUUCUAUCUCCUUCCAAUUGUCAUUGAAGAUAGUAGCUACCCCAAACAAAGCAGUACAAACACAAUGACAAUCCGAGUUUGCAGAUGUGACUCUGAUGGCUCCGUCCUCUCAUGUAAUGCUGAAGCAAUAUUCUUGCCCGUUGGACUCAGCACGGGAGCAUUGAUUGCAAUCCUGUUGUGCAUUAUUAUACUCCUAGUUAUUGUGGUUCUUUAUGUAGCCUUGAGACGGCAGAAGAAAAAAGACACCCUAAUGACCUCCAAGGAAGAUGUUCGAGACAAUGUCAUUCAUUAUGAUGAUGAAGGAGGGGGUGAAGAAGACACUCAGGCCUUUGACAUUGGGGCUUUAAGGAACCCCAAAGGAAUUGAGGAUAACAAAAUACGCAGGGAUAUCAAGCCAGAUGCUCUCCGCUUGCCUCGCUCAAAGCCACCCACAGAGGACAACACAAAUAUUAGAGAUUUCAUAAAUCAAAGGCUGAAAGAAAAUGAUGGAGAUCCAUCAGCUCCCCCUUAUGAUUCACUAGCAACUUAUGCUUAUGAAGGAAAUGGAUCUGUAGCUGAAUCUCUCAGCUCUAUAGAUUCUGUUGCAACGGAAGCAGAUCAGGAUUAUGACUAUUUGAGUGACUGGGGACCACGCUUUAAAGUCUUAGCAGAGAUGUUUGGAGAAGAAGAAAGUUAUAAUCCAGAUAAAGUCACUUAGCUGGUGGUGGAGGAGGACCAUGAAGGAAAAGUAAACCCACUAGUUUUACACACAAAAAAACAAGCUUUAUAGAACAAGUUUCAUUGAUUAUAAAAGACAGCUGUUUCCAGCAAGUUUCUUUAUUUAUCAUACCACAGAUCUUGGUUUACUAUUUUUCAGGGGAAGAAUGUUCUUUGACUAUCUCUUUUGUUGUUGUUGUUUUGAUGGUGGUGGCUGGGUUUAAUUUAAUUUAAUUUUUUUAACUUUAUUACUUUGAAGUCACACUGAGACUGUCUUGGGCCUAUUAGGUACAAUUUAUCGAUACAACAAACAGAAAGUAUAGCUUUCCGGCAUUGUGGUGGAAGAGUGGUAGAUUUUUCUUAAUUCCACUGAAGUGCCUAUUGAAACUCUUACCAGUAAAGUGGAAAUAAUCGCAGCAACAGAAAUAAGGAAAAACAGGAUAAAAGAAAGGACAUUAACUUUUAUCUGGAGACACAAAAGACACCUGCUGACUUCUGAUUCUUUUAAAACUUACAGUGUAGAAGAGAGAGUAGAAUCUGUCAGUGGCUGAAACUUGUUGAGGAAAAUGUCAGGUUUGUUUUGGGAGGGGUUGUUUUAUUUCACGUUUUUUU